AUGAAACAAAUUCUGUGUUGCAGAAGUGGAAGCCGCGAGCGAUCGCCAUCGGUUGCUAAAUCAAGCAGAAGCCGCAGUGGCCAUGCACGAUCAAAAAGUGGCGAUCGCUACCGGUCACCGCUUGGCUCCGAUCACUCUUUGACACGCUCUCGUUCACGACAGAAAACUAAAGAGGGCCGCUCAAACAGAGUAUCAAGCCGUCAGAGUUCCCCAGGAUAUGACGUUUCACAAAGAACUGACGAUGAGUCGCAAAAAUCUCAGGAGCAGUUGUCUGAAAACAUUACCACUUUGGAUGAAGUGACCGAAUCGCGCUUAUCAUUCAGUCGUUCAGCAACUCCUGAAAGCAGUUUCGCAAAAGUAGAAACUGAGAUGAAGCCAGAGAAAACGAAGAAACAUAAAAAGACAAGGGAAAAGCACAAGAAGAAAAAGAGGAGUCACCACAAAAAGUAA